UUCAAUGUCUGGCUGCAGAUUUCUCUACAAGAAUGGCUUGUUGUGCCUUAAAGUUAUCGCAGUGUGUUAGAAGUCAAAUUGUUUACAAAUAUGCAGCGAAUUAUUCUGUUGUAUUUAACAGGUAUUAUUGCAUUAAAAGUGAAAAUGAUGAUAAACAUGUAAAAGCUAAAACUGAAGAAGAAAAAGUUAAAGACAAAUUGAAUGAGGAUGUAAACAUUAAAGAAGCAACCAAAGAACAUAAAUCAAGUGGAAAACAGUCCAAAGUUUUGACAGAAGAAUCCAAAGAAGCUGCAAAGAAAAAACUUCUCUCUCUUCUUUCUGAAGUUAAUGUAAGUAACAUAUUUUUUAACCAGCAGUUUCCUUUUAAUAGCUUGGCUUGGUUAGGCAGCUCUGUGUGUUUUUAUGAACUGUACAAUGCCUACCUAUUAUAUUUGUG